UCGCCUUGUCAAAGAAGUUGGCAAAAUAUUACGGAAAAAUGUUUAAAUUAUGAGUAAAAUUGAACGCAACAAGCGUCAAGUGACUCAGGUGCAACGAAAUAAACUAAAACUAGUGAAAUUUUAACUAAAACCAGGCGACAGCAAUGUUCAGAAAGCAAUAUACCAAUGCCUAUGCAAGAGACGAGCAUUUCAUGUGAAGAAAAGUGCGGGAAAUUGAGUAAAUAUAUGAACGUAAGGCAAAGUGACUGUUAAAGUGGAAGGAACAAACCGUGUUCGCUAAUUCAAAGCAAGUAAAACUUUAAAGCAAUCAUAAUAACUAAAGUAACCAAAAAUCGGUGGCAUGUUUUGUGAAAUCUUUUCGUUUCGUUUUGGUUUUUUUCUUCUCUACCACAAAAAAGGGGGCGCGUGAGUGAAACAACAUCAUAUCGCACAAGAGCAGCAUCUCGCUUGCUCCCACGCGACUCACACGUCACAGACUCAAAGUCUGCUCGCUCGCAAAUGUUUGACAUUUUUCACAUUCAACAUUUUCCCUUUGUUCGUCGGCGGCGCUCGUCAUAUGGCGUUGGCGUGCGUAACAAAUAAACUUGCACAAAAUACGCGUAAAAUCGAUGUGUUAAAUUUUAAAAAUAGUGCAGAAAUGUAAAUAAACAACCGUCAGAUGCGCAUGCAGUGUUUAAGUGUAUUUAAUUCACUGGGAAAUAUGCGAAAAAAGCGUAAUUUUGUGAUUACUACGGCGACGACGACACCAACACAGGUACGCUGCUGCGUUCAUUGACGUGACGCGUGCGUCUGUGUGUGAGGAGUGCGUGUGUGAGUGUUUUCAAAACGAAGACGCAAUCCAGCAACAAACAAAACACCCACAUAACGUUGCAUUGUUUAAGCCGCCGCGCCAACUACGAAUUAAAAUAAAAUAAAUAUAACAACAACAAAUAAUCAACUACGGUCUCACUCGCGUGUGUUCGCUUACAUUUCGCUUUGCACGCAAAUUCUACAUAAAGCCCCCCUCGCAUAACGAAACGCAAAGUAAAAAGAAAGUCAACGCUCACCACCGUUCUGUGAGCCUUGGCCCUUUCGCGUCUUCUGCAUUUCGUCGAAAUCAAAAAGAAAUAUUUAAAUGAAUGUGCUCAUUUAUAUUCGUCUCCAGCAAUGUGCAGCAUUUUAUUGAGUGUGUGUGUGUGUGAGUGUAUAGAUUUAAAUAAGCAACAGCAUAUGGAAAUGCAAAAGCAAUAGCCAGCCUGCCAGCCAGCGAGUUACAAGAAGAACAUCCACAACAGCAACUAGAAGCAACACAACCAACAACAACAACACAAAUGAAGCAAUCAAAUUUUGUUAAAUUUUAAGCCACAGUUAUCUCUACCCCCAAACAACACACAAGGCGUAUAAAUUUUUGCCAAUGAGUCGCAGACAGUCAUUGGAUCGACCAGGUAAACCAUUUCCAACAAUUGAAACAAGAUUUUGUCGAAUGAUUAUAACAAGUGAUGCCCACUUUAUGGAACUUGUCACGAAUAUUGUCUCCUCCGGGUCCGUUUUUAACGCCCAGUCCAUCACCAUCGAUCUCAGCUAGUCCACGCCUGCAACCGUCACCAUCUCUAUCGCCAUUCCCACAGGAUGUGGUGCUUGUAGCUGGUGGUAACGCAUUAACCGCCAACAGCAAUCCACAGGAACACGAGCGCAAGGCGGCGACGCCUGGCAGGCGACAAUCGAUUCACCAGUUUACAAAUGGAAGUCCAAAUGCUGGAACCGUUGUCUUUCAGCCGAGCCCCUCACAAUCGCCGGCCGCUGCCACCACGGUCAUUGGCGUGACAGCUGGCGGCAUUAUAACCGCGGCUACAACCGCCCCCGGACAGCACAAUGCCCUUGGCAAUGAGCUCAAUGCAACGCUCGUGGGUUCCAAUAAUAUACAGUUAAACAAAAAGGGCAAUAAGCGUGUGGGACAGCAACAGCAGCUCCACCAGCAGCCGCACCAGCUCGCGCAUCAAAUAUUCAGCACUAACGCCGCGGUUCCCAGCUCCACAGCAGCCGGCGGCUAUGGGCAAUCCAACGCAACGGCUAUCAACACGACGCCCACUUCGUUUGCGACAGCAAAUGUGGCUAGUAGCCCAAAAGGUCAAGCGAAAAAAGGAGCGAAUAGUGCGCAUGCGCCCGGAUCCACACUUCUCAGUCAGCAGCAACAGUUCCAGCAGUAUCAAAGCAGCAGCCCCUUAAUUGCCGACAGUCCUAUACCCAGUCCGAGCAACGCGAUAGCAGCCGCCGCCAUUAAACCGCCCACGCCGCAGCCCCAAUCGGUGCAAAUGUUGCAGCAACAGUUUACGAUAACAACGGGCAGCAUGCCGCCCCAGACGCAAACCAUUGGCGGCCAUCCACAACAGCAGCAACAACAGCAGCAGCAGGUGUUUCAGUUUAUACAGGGGCCGCAGGGGCAGAUCAUUGCAACUGCCCAGCCAACGUUGCAGCAGCAGCACCACCAUCAUCAGCAGCAACAACACCAGCAACUGCAGCAGCAACAACAGCAACAACGAUUUGUUAGCAAUGCCAGCAUAGCUUUGCCGCAAGCUGCAGCCACCAAGUCGACGAAGGCGCCACAACAAAUACUGCCCAAGCCGCAGCAGCAGCAACAUCAACACGAACUCGCCCCACAAUCCAAGUCCAAAAAUGGCAGCAAUGCCAAUAGCAAUCACAACAACAACAAUAGCAACAACGUCGGCAACAAUUUGUCACAUAUUCCACAAAUAUCGCAAUCACCGCAACCCCAGCAGGUGCAACUGAGCGCCACCACCAACAAUCCUGGCGGACAGACGCAGCAACAGAUCCUAUUACCGACGGGUGCCACCGCCAGUUUGGCAGCACAGCCACAGCAGUUGCUGCUCAAUCAAAUGCCCGUUCUGGUGCAGCAGAAUCCGCAGGGCGUUCAGUUAAUCCUCCGGCCGCCAACGCCUCAGCUAACAGGAACACCAUCUCUGGUUAUUCAGAAUCCACGCGGUCAGGCUCAACUGCAGCAACAGCCACAGCAGCAACUCCUACGCAUUGUGAACACCAAUGGUACCACCAUGCAACUGGCUGCUGCGACGCCAACCUUCAUAGUCUCCUCGCAGGCCAAUCUCAUACAGCAGACGGCUGCGGGACAGCUGCUGUCCAAGUCCAAUCAAACAGGGCCCGCCAUCACACAGCUCAGCGGACUGCAUGCGGCACUCGCCCAGGCGCAGGCGCCACGAUCUCAGCCGUUCACCACAACGGCCACCAUCAACACCCAACUGCUUGGCCAGAGCGUAGCGCAGCAGUUGCAAAAUCUUCAGCUUGCCGCUGCCAACGGCAUCACACAAAUCCAAAUGCCCAAUGGUUUGACUGCCAUCUCGAACUUGCCGGCACAGCUACAACAAAGUCUGGGCGGUGCCAUCAAUCUGAAUCAGCUGAGUGGUGCGCAUCUACAGCAAAUAGCGGCAGCGUUUCAAACACCCCAGCCGCCCUCGGCUGGGCCCGGAAAUGCUGGACAUACAGCAGGCACUGCUGAACUCUUCGCCCAAUCAUCCCCAGCUCAUGUGCCGCUCGCCGUAACGCCGGAACCACUGCGUCAGUCCACACCAGUGCUACAGCAGCAUCAGCAGCAGCAAGCCAUGGCCACCAUACAACUGCAGCAUCAGCAGCAGCAACAGCAGCAGGCUCAGAUACAGCAGUUGCAGCAACAGCUGCAGCAAACCCAGUCACAGGUGCAGCAAGCGCAGCAACAACAACAGCAGCAGCACCAUCAGGUGGCAAUCACCACGACAACAGCGGCCGUGGCGGAGCCUAAGAAAAAGGCGCGACCUAGAAAGAAAAAGGUUCCGGCUAGCACUGCAAACGCUAACACCAUAACUGUUCCCGUCAACAACACGACGACAACGCCAACGAUCAAUGUGGUGCAGCAAAAGAUGGCCAUGACUGCCACGUCAACGUCGCAACCUCAGUCUCUUCCGUCAGCAUCUACCAUAACCACCCACACAACAACCUCGGUGGUAUUGUCGCAACCGCAAGCGCUACAACAACCGCAGACACAAACACGCGCCAAAUCGCCCUCACCCCCGCCCACAACAAUCCAACGGGCCAGCAAUGGCAAACUUGAUCUCGGUGAUGUGAUGAAAUUCUGCGGCAUUACAGAAGACGACGAUGACGAUGAGGACUAUGGCAUGGAUAUGCUAACGGCUCCUUCUCACUCAAGCAGUAGUGCGAAUCAUGCUGAGGAGACGGCGACAACAAGCGCAGCGAGCACGACGCCUGCUCAAGCAGCAGCAACAACAGUCGGGGGUAGCACCAACGACAUCAUGAUCUCUAUACCGAACCAAAACGGCAGUGAUGGCUUGCCCUUCACACUGACCAUACCAGCGGCAUCGGCCCCCUCACUAACAGGCAACGAAUCAGCCACCGAAAUACCAAAUAUUCUAAUCAAGAUUGAUCCCAACGAUGCGAGCGCCACUGCAUCAGGCGCCACAGCAAUACCACCGUACACAAUAUCAACGCCCCGUCUGCCCACGGCCGAAGAGAUUCAGAAGCAGGCACAGCAGCAUUUGGCCCAACAGGCAGCAGCUGCAGCAGCAGCAGCCGCAGCUGCCGUGGCCAAGAACACAAGUAAUAGCAACAUCGGCAAUAAUAAUACUGUCACAGGACCCACCAUAAGUUUCAGUCUGCCUGCCGGCCUAGGCGGUGGACACGUCCAGCAGACAAUUGGCAAUGUGACGCUGCAGCCAACGGCCACUGUGGUGAGCUCAGCAUCUAAUGUUGCUGUUCCCAUUUCGGCCAGCAUUACAUUGGCUAGCUCGACGGCGCCGCCUACAGUGGCCACGGCUACAGCACCGGCGGUGGCGGUCACUGCAGCGGUGAAGCCACGUCGAAAACCCGCCGUGCGACGUAACACAAAGAAACAGGAAACGGUUUCCAUCAGCAGCAGCAGCACAACCACCACAAGCAAUACAUUUACACUAACAACACCAUCUCUUACCGGUGGAGCGACCAAUUCUGUUACCACCAGCACCACUCUUAUGCUGCCCCAGAGCAUGACCGCCACACCGGUGACUGCCGUGCCCAGCCAAAUCGGCAACAUUCAAAUCUCGCAGGUGCAAAAUCAUCAUCCCACCUUGCCCACAGCCGUGAGCAAUGCAGUCGAGAAUAAAAUACAAAUAAUGCCCAUUAUGCCGCCGGGUGCUAGUGUCAUGGGUGGCAAUCCCACUGGAGGCACUGCGUCAUUGCAAUUGCAGCCGGCGACGACCACGGCUCCUCAGCAGACACAACUGGUGUUCCAGCCCACCACUCAACAGUCAGAAUCGACAACCAUUAAGUUGUCCAGCGAUGGUAGGCAGAUGCAAUUAGUUGCCAUUCCACAGGCGACGCCACCGGCCGCGCCCACAGCGACGCUUACGGCCACGGCAACGCCGACUGCAUUGCAACCUCAGACUACGCUGGGCAGUGCUGGCAUUACCGCUGGCGGUGCAACUAUUCUGCCGCCACAGUUAACAGGCAUGCCCGGCAAUGUAUCCAUUUCGGUGGGAUCACCGGCUUCGGCUGCGGCCUUGGUGCCACAGCUCACUGGAAGUCUCACUCUCACUGUGUCCGAGCACUGUGAACGUCUGAUAUUGCGUCACGAUCCCAAUCAUCCGCAGGAUCAUCAGUCACAGCUCAUUCUACAGGCACUGCUCAAGGGAACGCUACAAAAUGUCACCAUCAUCAACGAGCCAACGCGGGUGGAGCCCAACAAACAACCACCAGCGCCGCCCACGCAGAUGACGACACAGCAACAACAGACGCAACUGUUGAACGUCGCGAAGGCAACGAGCACAGGAGCUGUAGCUAAGGGCGACAAAGUUGGUCAAAACCGAAAGGCGGCAACAAUUUCAGCUGGAACUACUGUUUUAAACAAUGUGACAACCACUGCUAACAACAUGCUGUCUACAACGACCAAUGCGUCGAGUACCAACGUUGCUGGCACCACCACCUCCAUUAAACCACCGACAAUGCCAACAAAGACCAACGAAACCCUGACAUUCCCACAGCUGCCACAAAUGAUCAGCCAGCAGCAGCAACUGGCAUCGCAGCCACAGCAAACACUAACCACCACAUUGCCACUGCUCAAUAGUGGGACACUGCCUACGAUGCCGGUGCAACAGCCACAAUUCUAUUGCAAUCUGCCACCCAUUGAUCACAAUACGCUGCAAUACUUUUGUCUGAAUAGUGCCACGAAUCAGAUAACGGCCAUCAGUCCUGGACAAACGACCGCCUCGAUAACGCCCAACGAGCGUCUGUUAAUUGGUCCGGCGGGCAUCAAGGCACACCAGCUGGCCCAAUGCAUGCAACUAGGUCAACUACAUUUCAACGAAGUGAAUCUGCUGCCACCUACGCCCAUUGCACCACCGCAACUGCAGACACAGCAGACGGCGCCGGCGCCGCUGUCCAAUGCAAUUAUUUCGAACACCACGCAGGUGCGUCUGCAGCCGCCACAACAGCAAAUUGUGCACCCCAUACAGCCCAUAAGUAAUGGACUGGCCAUAACCACAACGACAACGGCGACAACGACCACCAGCACCACCACAACAACCACGACAACGAUAACAAAACAGGUGGCUAAUGUUGCGCCCAUUAUCGAUCAGAGCAAAGCCAAGCUGGAGCCAGCUAAGGUGGCGGGUGUGAGUGGCGCAAACUCCACGACUGCCUCCACAGGAGCUGUGGCUAAAAAGAAACCAGUGCGUAAGCCCAAGGCCACGCCCACAGCAGCCGAACUGGCCAGCCUCAAGAAUGCCAGUGUGGUCAAGCCGAUGCCUAAGCUGGAUCCGUUGUCCCAAAAGCCCAACAACAAUCCUGUGCAGAUUGUGCAACCAAAUGUGGCGAGUGGCAAGCAAAUUGUCGUCGUCUGUUCAAUGGGCAGCAACAGCCAAACCACAACAACAACCACCAGCACGAUGAGCAACAGCAUACAGCCCUUCCAGACAACGAGCGGUACAAAGCUAGUGGGCGUGACAGCGCCCAUGCAACAACAGCAACCGCCCACAUUGCAGCAGCAACAGGCGGCAACAGCGGCGUUGCAGCAACGCAACAACUUCAGUGUUACGGCAACGGUGGCGGCAACAUCAAUGGCCAGCAGCAGCAGCAACAACAACACCAAUGGAAACGCUGUUCUGACCACGAAUGCAUCCAUGACACAACUGCAGCUACUGCCGGCAACAACGACAUUACAACAGCAGCAGCAACCGCACCAGCAGCAGCAACAGCAUCAACAGCAGCAGCAACAACAACGACAGCAACCAGCGCCACCACAGAAGGAGCCAAUUUCGCGCACCAUUCAAUUGACGCCACAGCAGCAACAGGCGUUCAAAUCGGUGCAGAUGCAAAUCCAAUUCCUCACUGUUAAGCUGCAGAAUAAAUCCUUUCUGCCUACCCUGCCGCCAAACUUUGAUGCAGCCGCCAUUGCUGCUUACAAUAAGCCCAUGAGCGAUGCAGAUAUAAAUUUGGUAUUGCGUGGCCUAUUCGAGGAACAGCAACGCAUUCUGGCCAUGGGCAAGGAGGUUCCCACACCGGAGAACCUAAUGCAUGCAACGAAUCUGAAUGGAAGUUUCAGUUUGUUGCCGCCACAGUUUCAGCAACAACAAUCCCAGCAACAGCAGCAACAAACAACAAAUGCAGCAGAGCCGCUCAAAGCGGCCAAUGCGAUACCCGCCAAUGUGGUGCAGCCAAAUAAUCAUUCGUCCACAGCAGCAGGCGCAAGCGGAACCAGUGGCAAUGCCCAACAGCAGCAGCAACAGCAACAAAAUGUAGCACAGCGCAUACACAUCUAUCCCAUGCAGCAUCAGCAACAAACGAACAAGCAGAAGGCGCAGCAGAAACAAACGCAACAGCAGGCACAAUCAAAAGCCAAAGAAUCGCCUUGCCGCGCCACCAAUAAGCAGAAUGCAGCAAUGGUCAGCAUUGCUCAACAACAUCAGCAGCAGCAGCAGCAACAGCAGCAGCAACAACAGCCACAGCAAGCAGCCAUGCAGCAGCCACAUAAAGCAAACAUGCUGACUGCAGUCAAUGUUACCAAUAUGCCACAGCAGCCGCAACAACAACAACAACAGCAGCAGCAGCAUCAGCAGUUGAUAAACAAGCCGCAUGUUGUAAACAACAACAACAAAAAUGGACCACCCCCACUAAUAUUUGCCAGUUCCACAAAUCUAUUGAUAAACAGCAGCAACAACAGCAAUAGCAGCAGCAGCAGCAGUAACAACAGCAACAGCAAUGCGAACAACAGCAAUAACUCCAUGCACAUCAACAACGUGUUGCCCAUGCCGCCGCUGCAGCCGCAGCAGCCAACACCACAACAACCACAACAGCAGGCACAGCCACAGCACCAACAAUCCCAGCCGCUGUCGCUGUCGCAGCCACAGCAAUCACAUUCUCAACAGCAACACCAACCACAACUACAACAACCGCCAGCACUACCACAACAACAGGCACAACAUCAACAACAACAACAGCAGCAGCAGCAGCAGCAACAACCACCUCUCCUUGCAACACCCACACCAGCGAUAGCAGCAACCCCAGUCGGAAAUUUAAUUACACCAGCGCUGACACCUUUGCCCGGCUACUUGAGCACCGCCUUAACGCCUGGUCUUCCCAUCGCGUUGCCCAAGCUGGAUGAACUGCUGCCCACACCAAAACCGAAAAUUGCACGCCUCUCCUUAUUUGUGCGCCAACUGGAAGUGGAUCAAGAGAGUUGUCUCAAUCCGGACUAUGUGAAACCAUUUAGAACCAAAGAGGAGGCCGUAAAACGUCUUAUAAGAUACCAUUGUAUGCACGAGAACGAUACUGAGUUUCAUUCUGAUGAAGAUGAGGAGUUCGAGGCUACGGCGCUACAAAUCCAGCACAAGUUCAAGCAACUGAGUGGCAGAUUUCAGGAAAUUUUGCUGCAAGAAUCUACGCUCCAGCAUCGCACCUCGGAACUGUUGCAAGUGCAACACCUGAUAAUCGACGAUCUGAAGGGCGAAAUAAAUGAUAUACGCACUGCCGAGAAGGAGCUACAGGAACAGCAGCAGCAACAGAAGGAUCAAAUAAUGCAGCCUAAGGAAGAGCAGAACAAUGAUGAGCAGCAGCAGACAAAACAGUGCGCAAAACAGGAACUGCUAGAGAGUCAGGAAAUAACAAAAGUCAAGGAGGAAAUUAAAGUGGAGCCGCUUGAUAAAGCCGCUCCAGCAACGCCGGCAGCGGUUGUCGAUAAGUUCGAUCUGCUCAAGAACAGCGCCGAUGUGAACAAGGCUUUUAGCAAACAGCAGCAACAACAACAAUCACAGUCCUUACCGAACAAGCAGAGCGUCAAGCUAGAAGCUCGUGAUGACAAAUCUGAAUGGUUAAAUGCCAAUCAAAAUGCCAGCAAAGGAAACAACUCCAGUUCCAGCCAAACCCAAUUUAAUGGCGCACUGAAGAAGGAGAACAAUGCAUCAAAAGAAGCAGCAGGUUUCAUCAAGAAAGACUUUGAUAAUUUUGACAUUGAAUCGGAGCUAACGACGAGCUUCAUCCUGAAGAAAGUAGAGCACAAGGUGGAGACAGCAGCAGCAGCAGCGGCAGCAGCAACAACAAACGGUCCGACAAUGGACAGCAAUGCCGAGAACGCGAACAAUUGCUAUGCGGAUAAUGUACUCUCCCACCAACAGCAGCAGCAGCAGCAGCAAACGAAAGCCAACGAGGAUCAAGAAGACGGUUGGUAUUGUCUACAAAAGGAACUAAACUUGAUGUCCAACGAUACGGCACCGAUUCAGCAGCCGAACAACGACAACAAACUGCACUUGCAACAACAACAUGAACAAAUGCAACAGCAACAACACCAACAGGAGCUGCCACUGCAUCAGCUGCAACAAACGGAGCCACAGCAACAACAGCCAAUGAAAUCGUUGAAUCUGUUUGAUAAUGCGGAUCUGUUCCCCAAUGGCUGUAUCGAUAAGAGCAAUCAGAGCAGCAGCAGCAGCAGUAAUAGCAGCAUCAGCAGCUGCAGCGGCGGCGGAGCUGCCGGGAACCACAACAAUAAUAACACCAGCAUUGGCAACUCCUCAUGCAGUCAGCAGAGACAACAGCCCGUGUCCAUGCAGGCAGAACAACAGAAUCAUCAUCCAGCCAUCAGUGAGUUCUUCAACAGUGACUCGGAUGUGCAGAAGUCUGUGGAGACGCGCCUGGAGGCCAUGUUCGGUGAAUCGCCGGUGCAUUUGGAUGUGAAGAAUGGCAGCGAUGAGCACGACAUUGAAUCCAAUCUGGAUGAAAUAUUUGGCGACUCCAAAUCCCCCACACACAAUGCCAAAAGCAAGCUCAACAUGUGGACACCAGAUGCGCACAGCACUGCCUUUAUGCGUGACUCCAGUAACAUGCCUGGCUACGGUACCGAUCACCAGCAAUAUGCCCACCAUCAGCAGCAGCAGCAACAACAACAGCAGCAGCAACAUCACAUUGAAUUGAACUGCAGCAACAACCCAGACUGGAUGCAAAACAUGGAGGCGCACUAUAGCGAGCACUAUCUGAACAAUCGAAAUUCCAGUGAUGGACAGACACAGAAUAUGCUCGUUAACGGAGAGUCACGCAAACGCCACUGGAAUGGUCAACUAAUGGGCUCGAGCAGCGAUCUAGAUGAGGAGAAUAGCAGCAAGCGUUUGUGCACCGCCUCCUCGUCCACCUCAUCGUCCCCGAUGUCUCAACCACAUGCUGUUGUGGGCGGGCCACAGGAAUGCAUAAUGGCCCAGCAGCACAGCAUGCUGGAUGCCGAACUCUUGACACUGCACGAUGGUAUGGGCGUUGAGGGUGUAACAACCAAUGGCCCCGGCGGCUUCUCCCAAAUGCUCAUGGGACAGCAAAAUCAACAACAGCAGCAACAACAACAGCAGCAACAGCAACAACACACCUUUGCCAAUCAUCAGGCAUAUGCGAACAUAAUGGAUCCACAGCAGCAGCAGCAACACUAUCAGCCACACAACAUGCAACAGCAACAGCAGCAACAACAGCAUAUGCAUGUCAAUCACAUGUCCGCCACACCGGUGGUGGCUGGCGAAUAUGACGAUGACAUAAGCCGACAUGUGGCCAAUGCCAUAGACAGCAUCCUGAAUUUGCAGAACAGCGGCGACUCUUUGCAGUUCUCGCUCGGCUCAUUCCUAGGGGAUAGUAUAUUGGACGAUCAGCGUCAGGCAGCAAGCUUGCCCAGCUGCCAGCAGGAGAGUAAUAGGCGUCGGCAGCUGGGCGAGGAUAUUGGCGAUUGUCUGAUCAGUGGUGGCAAUGCUGCGACUAGCACUGGCGCUGUGGCAGAUAACAGCGCCAACAUACUGCUGGAUCAUCACCAACAGCAACAGCAACAGCAGCAGCAGCAGCAACAAUUGCUGCAGAACCACAGCAAUAAUCAUCUUCAUGCUGCUCACCACAGCAUGGGUCAACAGCAUCCGCAUCAAUCGACUGCCGUGUUGCAUCCACAUCACCACCAUCAUCAUCACAGUCUGUCGCAGACGCAGCAGCCACAACAACAGCAGCAACAACAUCAUGCACAAAUCAAUGAUUUCAGUUGUGUGACCGCCGGUCUGGAUGAUGCGGUCAAGUCCAUAAUGACCUCUUGACUUGGGCUAGCCACAGUGCCUGCAGCAGCAACUGCACUAACAACAACAGCAACAACGACAGAUCAUGCAACUGGGGCAAUAGCAGCAGCAACAGCUGCUGCCAACAGUCUUAUAUUGGAGUUCAAUGCAACCACCUUAUGAGCCACACUUGCUAACUAGAAAACAAACAGCAACACAUUGAUUGUACAGUAAAGAUUGUAAUUAAAUUAGUUCUCGCUUUUAGUUGAUCAACAAAUGCCUAUCUACUAUACAUAUACUUAUAUAAAUAUAUUUAUUAUAAUUGUAAUAUUUUAAAUUGCGCCCACAAAUCGAACUGCGCCCUGCACUGUACAACAUGUUUAGAUUUAAGUUUUAAAGAACUAAAACAUAGCAUAAAUUGUUUAA